AUGAAUUCUGAUAUAUUCCCUGAACCUCCAUCCGAUACCAUCGAAUGGUCUUCUCUUGGAAGCCAAAGCAUUGAAUUUCCCACUUCUCAUGUGGAAUGCACCUACUCGCCCGCAACAAGCUCCUGGAGCGCACCCACCGUGAUCAACAAUCCAAAUCUCCAGAUAAACGGCUUCGCCGUGGGAUUAAACUAUGGAGGACCAUAUUAUGAGUCCCUUACCGCGGCGGUAGGCAUGACGGCUGUCCCCGAGCACAUCUUCCUAGAGUGUGUUAGGAAGGUAGUAGCAGUCAAUACUUCCUAUGUACCUCCGCCUCACAGGGAUGCGUUGCUCUACAUUCGCCCGCUUCUGUUUGGGCCCAGUGUUCCUCGCAUUCGCGAUUCUCUCGCGCAGUCUACUUUCUGUGUGUUUGUGCGGCCGGGGGUGGUGUAUCCGCGGACGGCGGCGCAGAACGCAAUACUUCUGAGCAAUAGUGGUUCUGAUGAUGGUCCCACUGCAGCGGAGACGCAGAAAUACUCUGGAACUGAAGCCUGGGAUGAGGGGUGGAAAAGGGGCUUGGGGGGUAUAGGGCAGCUAGAUGGUCGACAGGCAGAACGGGAUGGUUAUACUAUGAAGCUCCAGCUGGAAUACUCCCGACGUGGGACAUUCAUCAACGGCUUCACGACGUCCGCAUUUAUUGGGGUGCAGGAGGAGCACGGUAAGUAUACGUUAAUCGUUCCGAGACAUCCCAGCCGUAGUAUCAUUAGCGAUUCGUGCGUGAAGGUUGGGCCGAUUACGGUCGAUGACAUCGAUACGCUGUCCGAAGUCAUUGCCACCAGUACAUGGCACUGGCUACUCCCCAUUCGAUUGAUCUACUAUCCAUCGGCCCGACAGACAGAAGUCUACCAAGCUGGGUCUUAUCAGGCGGGCUCUUCGUGUCGGCUGCUGCGCAAUGCGAUAACAAAAGUCAUGGCUGGGGAAGUCUCGGACGUAUGGCAAUGGAGUGUGCCAGUGACGCAGGAGGAUCGACUUCCUGGUUGA